AUGCUCACGCCAGCUGUCGCACGUGCUGCCCGCGCUGCCCCGAGGCACGCCCGCACCCUCGCGACCGCCGUCGAGUCGAAGCCGGAGCACCUCAAGUCGUUCAAGGUCUACCGCUGGAACCCGGACAAGCCGACGGAGAAGCCCUACUUGCAGGAGUACAAGAUCGACUUGAACAAGUGCGGCCCGAUGGUCCUCGACGCCAUUCUCAAGAUCAAGAACGAGCUCGACCCGACCCUUACGUUCCGUCGCUCGUGCCGUGAGGGAAUCUGCGGAUCGUGCGCCAUGAACAUUGACGGCGUCAACACGCUCGCGUGCUUGAAGCGCAUCGACAAGGACUCGAAGGAUGUCAAGAUCUACCCCCUCCCGCACAUGUAUGUCAUCAAGGACCUCGUGCCCGACAUGACCCAGUUCUACAAGCAGUACAAGGCGAUCCAGCCUUACCUGCAGGCCGACAAGCCCGCAGACGGUCGCGAGCACCUGCAGUCGAAGGAGGACCGCAAGAAGCUCGACGGCAUGUACGAGUGCAUCCUCUGUGCAUGCUGCUCGACCUCGUGCCCCUCCUACUGGUGGAACCAAGACCAGUACCUCGGCCCGGCAGUCCUGAUGCAAGCCUACCGCUGGGUCGCCGACUCGCGCGACACGCAAAAGGCCGCCCGGCUCGAGAAACUCGCCAACCCGUUCUCGCUCUACCGCUGCCACACCAUCUUCAACUGCUCCAAGACUUGCCCUAAAGGGUUGAACCCCGCCAAGGCUAUCGCCGCACUCAAGCAGGAGAUGGCGUCGGCAUGA